AUGGAUCUGGUCAGGGGCCGUCCCUUGGCGCUGUCAGGCAGAGAGGUGGCCCGCCAGUCCGAGCUCAUGCGGCUGCCGCCUGCGCCGCCACCAGCCUCAGCGCCGCCCCCACCUCCUCCUCCCCCUCCCCCACAGCCCCCCUCAACGGACGAAGGCGGCAUCGGGAGACGGCUGCUUCUGGGGGCCGCCAUGGUCGGCGGGGCCACUGCUUGGUGGAGCUUCCUCAAUAGCCAGAUGCCGGACAUGCGCAAGGGGAAGAAGGGGGCGGUUUACCUGAAGACCAAGGGGGGGAACACGGUGGGAGCCAGGGUGGACGAGAACGGGCGCACCUACAUGUUCGACCGUGCCGGCAACCUCUACUACGACACCGGCGACAAGCGGCUCGGCUUCUACAUUGUGACGUGGGACAACAAGGUGUAUAAUGUGUUCCUGGACAAGAAUGGCGAGGAGCAGCGGAGGUACGUGGGGGACAUCCGCGAUGUGCGCAGCUUCCGGGUGAAGGAUCUGGGGGGCAUCAGCGUGGAUCGCCUGCAGCGCGCCAGCAAGGGGCGCUUCGACGGCACCGUCACCGCCUUCCCAGAUGACAACAAUGACAUCCCCCUGCCGCCAAACACCCCGCUCUACAAGAACAAGAAUGGGGAGGUGCAAGGUCCCCCAGAGUUGGAGGAGGGCAUCAUACAGCUGCAGAGGAAGAAGAAGUUCUGGCCUUUUGCGGGCGACAAAAAUGACUUUGGCGGGCCCCUCCAACGCGGAAAUGGUUGA